UUACCCAAGUUGGCAGCAUCACUCACUUUAAUAUUAGAAUUAAAAAUAAACAAAUACAAUGUUUACCAGGCGUUUAAUAGCUCGGCUAAGCCGCUUGAAUAGACGUUCUGCUACCGCUGCGGGCUACCACAACAAGUGCCAGAGUCAUCUGCCCACGGUAACGACGGCCUCUGAAAGUUUCAAUCAAAACAGUGGACCUCUGAACCGGCGGCUUUUUAGCAGCCAAAUCGAGACGGAGAGCGCCCUGGACACGGCCACCUACGAGCGCCUGUGCUCCGAGACCCUUGACGGCCUGUGCGACUACUUUGAGGAGCUGACCGAGAACGCCCCAGACCUCAUUGGCACUGACGUGGCCUAUGGCGAUGGUGUGCUUACAGUGAAUCUGGGCAAGAGCCACGGCACCUAUGUGAUCAAUCGCCAGACGCCCAACAAGCAAAUCUGGCUGAGCUCCCCCACCAGCGGCCCCAAGCGCUUCGAUUUCGUUGGCACACCCAAAGCCGGCAAAUGGAUAUACAAGCACACGGGCCAGUCGCUGCAUCAGUUGUUGCAGCUCGAAAUACCAACUAUUGUGAAGCCACAGACCGUGGACUUCAUGCGAUUGCCACACUGUAGUUAGAGUUAGAAAACUUGAUAGAAAACAGAGAGUCGAUCGUUUAAUGCUUUACAUUUUCGCUCACUUUAUUGGUUCGUUCUGCUAAAAUGGGGAUGUUUUAAAUUUAUAUUUUAUUACAAACAAAAAAUAUGCUGUAAACUUUGGACUGCA